CCGCAGCAAUGGCGGCGGCGGGAGGAGGAGGAGCGGCGGUGGCGGCCCCGCCGCGGGGUAUCCGCGCCUGGCUGCGGAGCGCGUUCCGCUUCGCCACCGACCGCAACGACUUCCGCGGGUCCGAACCAGGACGGGGAUCGGGAUGGGGUCGGGAUCGAGGCCGGGACCGGAAUAGCGGUCAGAGUUGGGAUUGGCAUAUGGGAAUCGGGAUCAGGAGCCCAGUAUCUGUCCCCGGCCGGGAUCAGGAGCAGCGUGGCCGGCAGGAGCGGCGAUUGUCCCUCAGUCCCUUGUAUCCCAUUCGGACUCCUCAGUCCACGGAGGACAUUUUGGGGCUGAAGCGUGUCCAGGGAAGGGAGCAGAGCUGGGGAAGGGGCUGGAGAGUCCUGAGGGAGCUGGGAAUGGACUGGAGAAUCCUGAGGGAGCUGGGGAAGGGGCUGGAGAGUCCUGAGGGAGCUGGGAAGGGGCUCAGCCUGGAGAAAAGGAGGCUCAGGGGGAAUUCCUGGCUCUGCACAACUCCCUGGCAGGAGGGGACAGCCGGGGGGAUUUGGGAUCUCAUCCCAGGGCACAGGGACAGGAGGAGAGGGAACGGCCUCAGGCUGUGCCAGGCGAGGCUCAGCUUGGACAGCAGCAGGAAUUUCCUCAUGGAAAGGGCGCUCAGGCCUGGGAAGUACCCAGGGAGGUUUGGAGUGCCCAGGGCUGGAGGUGUCACCUGGAGGUGGCACUGAGUGCUCAGGGUGGGGACAAAGUGGGGAUCAGGCCCAGCUUGGGCUCGGAUGAACUUUCCCAAAGUCUUUUCUGACCUCAAUGCUUUUGGGAUUUUACGAUUGCGGGAACCCGCCGGUGAACCUGGGGCCGUUUGCCGCCGGGGUCUGGGUGGCUCGGAACUUAACGGACGUCGACCCGAUGGCCCCGCAGCCCGUCCCGUAGCAGAUUUUAAAGCAGAACCACCUCCCCUGAUUAUGCUGAAUCCCUGUCCCAGGAAGGAGUCGGAGCCACCAGGAGGAGAGCUCGCCCUCCCACCAGGAUCGGAGCUGUGGGGCUGCUCAGAUCCCCCCUGGAGCUGGUCAGAUCACCCCUGUCCUGCCUGGAGCAGUGACAGGGACAAAAGGGAGCUUAGUUUCCCAUCCAUCCGUUCCUUCCUUCGGGAAUUGUUUCCUCAAGGAUGUGCGUGGAAUUUCCUCCUGUGCCCUCUACCCCCAGAUGUUUAUUAAAGUUUAUGGAAUAACGACAUAGCCCACUGAAA